CAAUGCUCGGUACGUAUAGCCCGUUAGCUACAGCUGCAGAAUAAAGAAGUGUGCUUGAAAAUGGUCAAAUUGCUACUACUGGUCGCUGCGUUCGCUAUUACUAGUACUGUACUACUAGUGGAAGCUGCAUCACUGCAAGACCGUGUUCGAAAGCGGCAGGCACCACCGGGACCUCCUGGGCCACCCGGUCUCCCCGGUGUACAAGGCCCACCUGGGCCUCCUGGAGCUCCCGGACCAGCAGGUCCUCGAGGGGAAAAAGGAGCGAUUGGAGAAUCUGGCCUACCAGGGCCCACGGGUCACCUGGAGAGCAGGGGUUCGAAGGGUUUCCAGGAGAACGGGGUCCUCAAGGCCCGGCUGGACCUGCUGGACCGCCUGGAUCCCCCGGAGCACAACCAGUUCAACUUGCCAAUGGAUCCAUCGUUAUUGAGGGCCCACAGGGCGCGCCAGGUGCAUCCGGUGCACGAGGACCAGCCGGGUUUCCAGGAUUGAAGGGCCACAGGGGGCUCCGGGAAUGCCAGGGAGGGACGGAUCUGCAGGCCCUGACGGCCGACGCGGUGAGCGAGGCACGGACGGGCUACCUGGUCGUGCUGGGUCUCCGGGACCGUCUGGACUACCGGGUGUUGGUGGCGGCGGCGGGGCAACUUACGUCAGAUGGGGAAACUCGACGUGUCCCUCGACCGCAGGAACCGAACUUGUUUACGCUGGCAGAGCUGUUGGUAGUCAUUGGAGCAGCUCCGGGGGAACUAGCGAUAUUCUUUGUUUACCCGAGGAACCCGAGUACGAGGAAGAAUUCCAGUCUGGAGCGCAACGCUACUCUACGCUGCACGGGGUGGAGUACGAGACGUUCGACGGCUCGCCUCUAGACGAAGCUCGUGACCACAACGUCCCGUGCGCCGUCUGUCACGCUACCUCACGGGCCAGCUCAAUCAUGAUCCCCGCUCGCCAGUCGUGCCCCGCGACGUGGACAGGGGAGUACAAAGGAUAUCUUGUUUCCGGGUACGGAAGCGGGGGCCGACAAUCCGCCAAAUGCCUCGACGGAAAUCCGGAAUUCCUAAACGGUGAAGCAAGGAACUCUAACGGCGCCCUCUUCUUCCUUGUGGAAGCUGUAUGCAACGGGAUUCGGUGUCCACCCUAUGAUCCACGGAAGGAGCUUACCUGUGUCGUGUGCACGAAAUAGCAUGAUUUUGCAUAGCCAUUGCCCAAAAGCUGGGUUUUGUUUAAAAGGUUCGUAUUGGAGGCGCAUGGCUGCAUUAGGUAAUACUGCUAUUGCGUUACUUCACCGGAGCAGACGGCUUUUAUUAACCCGCGGCGCGCAUGCGCAGCGAGGGU